AUGCUGGGUAUUAAUAUUGAUAAGUGCUUAGUCCUCAGAACUAGUUAUAAUCGAGAAAAUCUGAAUUAUUACGUAGAAACAGUCAGCGGGUCAACCAAAUCAACUGUUAGUCACUUGUAUGAAUUAAUCAGGAAGAAGUAUUCGAACAAAUCAGGUAUCGUUUACUGUUUUUCUCAAAAAGACACUGAAGAUGUCUCUUCAGAGUUAAAGAAUCUCGGUUUAAAGUCAGCGCCAUAUCAUGCUAAUUUAGAUUUUAAUUAUCGAUCAAAAGUUCACUCUGAUUGGGUUCAAGGACGAAUUCAUGUGAUUGUCGCCACUGUGGCAUUCGGUAUGGGUAUUGAUAAAUCUGAUGUUCGUUUCGUUAUACACUAUUCAACAAGUAAAAGUUUAGAGAAUUAUUAUCAAGAAUCUGGUAGAGCUGGACGUGAUUCACAACCAGCUGAUUGUAUUCUAAUGUGGAGAUAUUCAGAUUUGUUUCGAUUGGCUAGUAUGGUAUCAAGUGAACGUACGGGGAUAGAGAAAUUAUUGCAAAUGAUUGAAUAUUGUAUUAAUCCUGAUAAAUGUCGACGUUAUUUACUCUCAAAGCAUCUUGGUGAUACAUCAUGGUCUAUUGAUGAUUGUAAAAAUGCAUGUGAUAAUUGUCAACGGAAGUGUGCAGAGAAUUCAGAUAAAUCCUACCAUCUUGUACAAAUAAAAAUCACUGAAUUAUUAGAGGCAACAAAAGAAUUAUUAUACAAUCAGAGUUUAACAAAACAAGAAAGAAUCACAGGUUUAAAAUUAGUCGAUUUAAUGACGAAUAGUAAUAAGAAAAUAAAUUCAAUCAGUCAAAAAUUAUUAAAUGAUGCUGUUACUAAUACUACUAUUAGUAGUAAUAAAGUAGUAUUAGCAGUAGUUAAGCCGGAACGUGAAUUUUACGAAUAUUUCAUUUCAUGGUGUUUAAUUAAAGAAUAUUUAAAAUUAGAUUUCCACUUUACACCAUAUUCAACAGUUUGUUAUGUUGUUGUCAAUGAUGACCACGUCACAGAAGGUGGUGAUGAUGGCGAUGACGCGACAGUAAUGCCAUAUUUAUUAUUACCAGCGGAGGAGAAAGAAAUCGAGAAGUGUCAUGUACCACCGCCGCAGCCGCCAGCGAAACGGCAACGAGUAGAUUUAACAGACAGUGAUUGA